AUGCUAUGGGGUCUUGCAAAGGUGAAUAUGCUCGCGAAGUUUCCCAACCUGUUGCACAUUGCUAGGCACGCCUUGGUAGAGAAUGCCUCUGCGCUGAAAAGUCACAAUCUUGCAACGAUUAUGUGGACAUAUGCUUCGAAUAAUGUCUAUGACGCUGAGGUCUUCCGGGUUUUGACGAGGAGAGGUAGUAUUCUUGUUGUGGAGAUGGAACUAGUAUUUUGUUAACUAAGGCUUGCAUGAUGUGUGCUAAUCUAAUAUUUAUAGAUAAAUUCAAAAAAAUUGUAGUGUUAUAGGGAUUCUUAGGCGAGGGUGACCAAGACCAUGCAUCCUAAUGCUAUCUUUUAAUUAUUGCUACUACAAACAUCAAUCAAUACCUUCAAUGAAUUAUCUCAACAAUCUUCUCAAAUCUACUCUUAUCUCUACGACAACAGCAAGCGAGGUCGCGGAUGCGUUUACUCCGCAGCUUCUGGUAACAAUAUUGUGGGCGUGCGCCACGGCGAACUACUCGACUAGGAGAUUUGUG